AUGGCUGAUUGCAAGCCUCUCAGCACUCCUAUGGAGCAAAAUCUCAAACUUUCAUCUAAUGAUUCCUCUGAUUUGGUUGAUGCAACUUCUUAUAGGCAACUAGUUGGCAGUUUGAUUUAUGCUACAACUACUCGACCUGAUAUUUCUUUUUCUGUUGGAGUUCUGUCACGAUUUAUGCAACAACCUAGAGAAACUCAUUGGUUAGCAGCCAAACGGGUUCUUCGAUAUCUACAGGGCACUCAAAACUAUGGGCUUAAAUACUCCAAGAUAUCAAAAUUUUCUUUGCUUAGUUAUUCAGAUUCAGAUUAUGCAGGUGAUAUGGAUGAUGGAAAAUCUACAUCUGGUUACUUAAUGUCUCUUGGUUCUGCUGUAAUCUCUUGGAAAUCUAAAAAGCAACCAGUCCCAACUCUCUCUUCUGCAGAAGCAAAAUAUAUAGCGGCAUCUAAGGCAACUAGAGAAAUCUUAUGGCUUCGAAGAAUUCUUGCAGAUUUGCAGGCACCACAAGCUUCUUCCACACCACUCUUUAUUGACAAUCAAUCUACUAUAAAAAUGGCUAAGAACCCAGUGUUUCAUGAUCGUACCAAACAUAUCAACACCAAGUUUCAUUUUAUUCGGCACUAUGUGAAAGAUGGCAGUAUCUCCCCUCAAUAUUGUGCUACUACAGACCAACCUGCAGAUAUACUUACCAAAGCAUUGGGUCGUGUUAAGUUUGAAAAAUUUCGUGCAAUGAUUGGUUUAACUCCUUCAGAUUAA